UUGCCUGCCAUGUUGUUUGACAUCAAUUUGACAUCGCGAUUGCUGAAAGUUGGGUGAUUCGUGCUUUUCCAUUGUCGUGAUAAAUCCCCAAAAAUAGCAGAAAAUCAAAAGUGUUGUGAUUAUUUUCCCACUUGAUUUCACACCUGAGAUUCUGGCAUCUGUGAGGUGAUAUAGUUUUGUUAAUUUAACUUUGUGAUAAGUUAAAGAACAAAGACGGUGGCUCGAAAGUGUUAAGAAAAUAUUCUUUAGUUUCCUAAUAGCGCGCUUUGCCCAGUUAAUUAUUCUUUAAGAGAGUAUUAGCCAGUCAAAAUGAAUAGCCUUGUAAAGGUGUUUAGCAAUUUCAAAGAGUUCUACAGUGAAAUUAAUGGUGCCACACUCACGGGGGCCAUCGAUGUGGUGGUGGUGGAGCAGUCCGACGGCACCUUUCUGUCAUCCCCAUUCCAUGUGCGCUUCGGGAAGCUCGGCGUGCUGCGGAGCAGGGAGAAGAUCGUGGACAUUGAGGUGAAUGGAGAGCCAAUUGAUAUUCACAUGAAAUUGGGUGAAUCUGGUGAGGCAUUCUUCGUGGAGGAGUGUCCAGAGGAUGAUCUGGAGGAGCUGCCAUCGAAUAUGGCCACAUCACCAAUUCCGUCCAGUGAAUUUUCCAAGUUGGCACAAAAUUCUGACUUUACGUCGAGUUCCAUGAAGGAAGAGGAGAUGCAAAUGCCUAAGCCUCGACGCAAUUCCAUUGACCUCCUAAUCGGUGACAGUGGCGAGAAGGCGGAUUGCCAUCAAGGCAAGAAGUAUGAGAAUCAGGUGUCCGAUUAUGCUCAUCGGCGGUACACGGACAACACGAUGGAGAGGCGGGAUCUGGAUGUGUCGAAGAAGGAGUUCACCACACAGAAGAUCCGGCAGCAGUGGGCGGAGCAGCAGCAGGACGAGGAUUCUCUGCUGGCGGGAAUCCAAGAGAGUGGCGACUGGCGGAACAGCACGACUGUGGAGGAGACCAAAGAGGCGGCCAAGGUGGUGGAAGUGGCGCUGGAGCCUGUGGAGGAGGGCGAGCAGGUGCCGAAGGAGGAGAGCAAGUCGAAGAAGAAGCGGCGCAAGAAGUCCAUCAUGAAGAAGAAGAAUGCCCAGAGGAAGAACUCAAGCAGCUCUGGUGGAUCCAAUCCGCCAGAGGCGAUCGAGGGCAGUGUCGAGGCGGAGACUCUGACCACGUCAUCCACCGAAGAGAGUCCCAUUGUGUCUAGUGACGUGAUCAAGGCUGUUGAGAAGCCCGCGGACAUUCCCAUAACGUCCAGUCGAGGAUUCGAUCUGGACAUUCACUUCUUCAGCGACACGGACGUGGCGACUGGCAUGAGUCCGCGCACGUCGCGCCCCUCGACGCCCAUCCAGAGUGACACGGAGUUCGAGGUGUCGCAGCGCGAGAAGGGCGAGGCCAGCAACUGCAUGACCAGCUCGGCGUCUUGGAAGUGGGGCGAAUUGCCGACGCAGGACGACAUAGUGACGGACGAGAAUACUCCCGAAGCGGCGAUGCAGGCGCAGCGCAACUCAAUGCUCAGCGGGAUGUUUAGCUUCAUGAAGCAGAACAAGAAGUUCCGCAAUAGCGCCCCUGAGGGGCUCUACCUGGCCGAUUUGGAUGCCGAGAGCAUGGAUCCGGAGGUGGCGGCGCUGUACUUUCCGCAGCACAGCCGGAAGUCCUUCACGAGGGAGGCGGAAGAGGAGAUGAAGAAGGAGGAUGAGGAGGACAGAGAGAGUGGGAAUGGAACGUCUCUGCCGCAGAGUCCCAGCUCAAUUGACGGUGCCAAGAGUCUGGAUUCGGACUACGAAGACGGAAAGGCGUCUGACAAAUACCUCGACUUGGUCGCAAUGUCACUCUGUGGCGGCCUGGAGAAUGCCAAUGGGCCCAAUGAUGAGGACUUCGAUAGGCAUCUUAUCAGCUACACAGAGGUGUGUCGCAAUCCGUCACUUUUCUCAUCACCUAAUUUAGUUGUUCGCCUCAACGGCAAAUAUUACAGUUGGACAGCCGCUUGUCCCAUUGUCAUGACAUUGAUUGCAUUCCAGAAACCACUACCAAAUACCACAAUUGACAAAUUGAUUGCUAGUCAGAAGGAGGAGCCGUUGGCGGACGCCCACGAUAGCAGUGUGGCGCAGAACGAGCCCAAGAGGUACUCGUGGUGGUACUGGAGGCGACCAGGAAACGGAACGGGAAGUGAUAAGGGCCAAGGGAAGAAGAGUGGAGAGGAGAAAAUUGGUCAGGAGCUGCAGCAGAAGGAUGUUGUCGACAAGGAUGAUCGCAAGGAUGACUCUCUAUCGUUCGCCUCGUCGACAGCCAUUGAUAUUCAGCAGUUGGACCAGAGUCUGGACAGCGGCAAGAUGUCGGAGAAGUUCAGGAAGACACUGAGGCUGAGCUCUGACCAGAUCAGGAGUCUGAAUCUGAAGAGUGGCAUGAAUGAGAUUGAGUUCAGCGUGACGACGGCGUAUCAGGGCACGUCCAGGUGCAAGUGCUACGUGUUCCGCUGGAAGUACAAUGACAAGGUGGUGAUUUCGGACAUUGACGGCACCAUCACGCGAUCCGACGUGCUGGGCCAGAUCCUGCCGAUGGUGGGCAAGGAUUGGGCGCAGAUCGGUGUGGCGGAUCUCUUCUCGAAGAUCGAGGAGAAUGGCUACAAGCUGCUGUAUCUGUCGGCGCGUGCCAUCGGCCAGAGUCGUGUCACGCGCGACUACUUGCGCUCAAUUCGUCAGGGCGAUGUUCAGCUGCCGGACGGACCGCUCCUGCUCAAUCCCACGUCACUGAUCUCUGCGCUGCACCGCGAGGUGAUCGAGAAGAAGCCGGAACAGUUCAAGAUCGCCUGUCUGAGUGACAUUCAGGCGCUUUUCCCGCAAAAUCCCUUCUAUGCUGGCUAUGGAAACAAGAUCAAUGAUGUCUGGGCUUACAGAGCCGUUGGUAUUCCGAUAAUGAGGAUUUUCACGAUCAACACCAAAGGGGAAUUGCGUCAUGAGCUAACGCAAACAUUCCAAUCCACGUACUGCAGAUUGGCUGACAUUGUGGACCAAUUGUUCCCGCCAAUCAAGGAGAAUGACUUCCAAUCUGACGAAUAUUCGAGUUUCCGCUACUGGCGCGAGCCUCUGCCGGACAUCAACUUCCUGGACAUCAUGGACGGCAUGAGUUUAGCCGUCGGGGCGCCCGUGAGCGCUGCAGCGACUCCCAGUGGCGCCCCAGAAGCCGUCGUCGCGACGACAGGCGAAUAGUUUUAUCUCUCUAGCGCGCUGCAUCCUCCAAUGGACGUUGAAUUUUUCGUUUUUUACAUUGUGAAUUGCCUAGUUUUAACAGAAUAGUCUCAUUUGUGAUACUUUAUUGAAGUUUGAGUAGUUAUCCUUGGAGGAUUGACACAUCCCAGCAAAUCCAGAUGCUUCAGACUCGCAUAAUCCAUAUUUAUAGUUAAUAUUGUAUGAUCUCUGUGAGGAAUUGUUUUUAAGCACAGCGUGCGCUGAUAAGUAUCUGGGAGGGUUUGAAUGUUUUGCGGUGGGUUUUUGAGCUGAAAGAUGACUACAUUCCGAAGUGGCGGGAAAAUGGUGAGAUUUGUGGUCCCUUUCAGGUACAUAUGGCGCAUCCUGGGCACGCUGAGGGGCUUUUGCAAGAAUAAACUGCUGAUGUUUCUCAAGCGAAA